CAUCAAUCCAAUAAGCGGUUAAUCGAUAUCUAUAUUCCGAAGCCUUGAUCCUGUCAAUCGCCUAGCAAGUGUUUUCUCUAAUUAUGAGUGCCACCAUGAGAGCGAUCGGUGUGAAAGGAGGGAGAGGGAAUGCCGAUGCCCUCUUCAUUGAAGAGAUCCCCGUUCCAAAGCCGAAAAGUGGCGAUGCCUUAGUUAAAAUCAAGGCAUUUGGUUUGAACCGAAUGGAUCUGUUGCAGCGGGAGGGAAAAUACCCCGUGCCCCCCCAAGCUCCCAGCACCAUGGGAGUAGAAUUUUCUGGUGUGAUUGAAGAACUUGGAGCUGAAGGUUGCAAUGACUUUCGUGUAGGCGACGAGGUCUUUGGUCUAGCCUAUGGUGGUGCAUAUGCCGAAUACAUUGCCGUAUCGACAAAUAUGUUGAUACAUAAACCGUCUGAAAUGACUUGGGUAGAGGCAGCAGGGAUACCUGAGACCUGGAUCACAGCGUGCCAGGCUCUGUACUUGAUCGGUGGCCAUACUCCGGGCAAAUCUGUUCUUUGGCAUGCGGGAGCCUCGUCGGUGUCGAUAGCCGGGAUUCAACUCGCUCUUAACAGUGGCGCAUCUGCUGUUUAUGUAACUGCUGGAUCCCAGGAGAAAAUCGACUUCUGUGUCCGUCAAUUGGGUGCUACCGCGGGGUAUAAUUACAGGAACCAGACUUGGGAUUCGGAGAUCUUGAAGGUGACUAAUGGUCGUGGCGUUGAUGUUGUGAUCGAUUUCGUUGGCGCGACACAUUUCCAGGGCAAUUUGAAUGUAGCGGCAAAAGAUGCCCAUAUCGUUCAACUCGGACAGAUGAGUGGCUCGAUUCUCCCUACCAAUGUUGACAUCAGCGGGAUCUUAAUGAAACGACUGAGGUUCGAGGGCAGCACACUACGGAGCAGAGAUGAACAAUACCAAAAGCAACUGCGUGAUAUCUUGGUUGAUCAAGCGUUGCCAAGAUUCAGGAAUGGUGCCUUCAAAGUUUAUGUUGAAAAAGUCUUCUCAUUUGAGGACAUUGCAAAUGCUCACAAGCUGCUUGAGAGCAAUCAAACCAAAGGAAAGAUAAUAUGCACUGUCAACUGAUCAAUGAUAUCGAUUAUUCCAAGUCACAGCUUAGCUUUCAAGGGCUUACCAAUGGGAGUUAAGCACAUCCGGCACCAAUUACAGAUUGUUUGAACCAGUGCACUGGAACCAUGAC